AUGGAGAAGACACCGGAAGAGGUGCUCGCCAUGCUAAAAACUACAGAAGGAGGACUGCGGAAAAAUCGCAAGCAAGUGUUGCUUGUGAAUAAAACCGCCAGUUUCAAAAAGAAGAAAGGCAAGCCAAAGAAGGGCAAGUGCACCGGUAAGACCGGCUCCCAAAGCAACUCUAAAGGCGGAGCCAAGAAUGAAACUGAGUGCUUCUACUGCAAGGGCACAGGACACUGGAAGAGAAACUGCAAGAAGUAUCUGGAAGAUAAGAAGACCGGGAAAACCGGAAUAGGUAUAAUUGUUAUACAGGGGCUUCAGAAGGUGCGCAAGCUGGCAAAGAAUGAAGUCGUAAUGCGCGUCGGGAACGGCACUGAAACAUUAUCUCCGGAUCAUGUUUAG